AUGACUCGAAGAAUUGUUCGAACAGCUGCUCAGCUUGCUGGCGCUGCUAUUUUCACCUUUUUAGUCAUCGCAUUUCUCGACCGCAAUUAUCGUGUCCUCCCCAAUUCGAUCCACAGUUAUAUGCCCUCCCAUCACCCCGGACUGGUCGUCACCGAUGUCACAAUAGUCACUUGCUCGAGCGUUAACCCCUUCUCCUCAUGCGACCUCGGCAAAGAAUGGCACCGAAUCGAUAAGGAGCUCUAUCUCGGCAAGACAUGGACAACGAGCGCAUACAUGUACAUCAUGCGAAAGCAUGAGGGGGAUCUUACUGCGGACGAUCGUGUUGUUGUGGAUGUCGCGGUCGGCAGGCUCCAACCUCAACCCAAGGGAGAAACGGACGACUCAUGGGAAUCUCGUCCAUCAGGUAUCUGGAUCAAGCGCUCAGCCAAGAAGAAAGCCAGCGAUUCGAAGCAGGCGGUGACGGAUCUUGAUGUUCUUUUCGGAGAUGAUGCUGUUGAGGCAAGAGAUGGAUAUGCUGUGACGGGAACACCUUUGCUCCUCAACACGGGCGGUAGCCUUCUCUCUGUCCAGCUAAGCGUGCGCCGAGGUCCUCCACGAGAGGUUAAGAAGCCAACGCCCAGGAUCAACAGUGAUGGUCGAUACAAGAUUAUGCAGAUCGGUGAUUUGCAUCUAAGUACAGGAGUUGGCGUUUGUCGCGAGGCAGUUCCCGAUUCUUACAACGGUGGUAAAUGCGAGGCCGAUCCCAGGACGCUGGACUUUGUUAGCCGAGUCCUUGACGACGAAAAGCCCGAUCUGGUAAUCUUGAGUGGCGACCAAGUUAACGGUGACACAGCACCAGAUGCACCUACUGCCAUGUUCAAGAUCAUCUCGCUACUGAUUGAGCGCAAGAUCCCUUACGCCGCCAUUUUCGGUAACCACGAUGACGAACAAACCAUGUCUCGCGAGGCUCAGAUGGCUAUUAUGGAGACUCUUCCUUAUUCCCUUUCCAUUGCUGGGCCAGCUGAUAUCGAGGGUGUUGGGAAUUACUAUAUCGAAGUCCUGGCCCGUGGAAAGACGGAUCAUUCUGCUCUGACCAUCUAUCUUCUCGAUACGCACGCCUACACGCCCGAUGAACGCAACUUUCCUGGUUACGACUGGGUUAAACCUAACCAAAUAGAAUGGUUCAAGAAGACUGCUGCUGGUCUCAAGAAGAAUCACAAUGAGUUCACUGGCCGCCACAUGGACAUCGCUUUCAUCCAUAUUCCCUUGACAGAGUAUGCCAACCCGGAACUACCACGUGUUGGCGACUGGAAAGAAGGAGUCACUGCCCCAAUAUAUAACUCUGGCUUCCGCGAUGCCCUUGUAGAGCAGGGUGUCCUUAUGGUCAGCGCAGGACAUGAUCACUGCAAUGACUACUGCUCCCUAUCUCUGAUGGGUGAAGGCGAAAACAAGGCCCCAGCCAUGUGGAUGUGUUACGCUGGUGGUUCUGGCUUCGGCGGAUACGCCGGCUACGGUGGUUACCAUCGCCGAGUACGCUUGUUUGAAGUCGAUACAAACGAGGCUCGUAUCAAGACUUGGAAACGUCUCGAGUAUGGAGACAUAGCUGCCCGGAUACACCAACAGAUUAUCGUCGAUGGCGGUAAACCUCAACCUAUCACUCCCAUUUCAUGA